UUCUUCCCAAGGAGUGAUGAGUAAAGAGCGGGCAUUACUUUUUUUUGAAAGGAACGUUACAUAUUCUUGAGUAACGAGUCCGACGCUGACGAGCGGUGGUGCGUCUUGGAGAGGGCAGGGACGCCGGAGACGCGCAACGGCAGCAGCAGCGCAGUCUGUUUGGAGCCACCGGUUGAGAUCAUUCAACACUCCGAGCACUGACUGUCUGAGCGGAUUGUGGGAUACAAAUCGACGACCUCCCCCUACCCAGAAUCUCCCUUAACAAACGAUGGACAUCCUCCUAGGCCCCCUAAAUAGCCACGAAAGCGUCGGAUGAGUGAAAUCGGAGAUGCUGCGCACCACGGCCAAAAUCCUGGAGCUUUUUUGAACUGGACUGUGGGUGUGUGCGCGUCGGGCUCGCCGUUACCUCCGGACUGCACUCGCCAACUUCCCCCGCUUUCCAUCAAGUCAUGUCUGAUACAGAGCGAUGGGCAAGUUUGACGACAACGAGAGGAUAAUCCUCAACGUCGGGGGCACCAGACACGAAACCUACAAAACCACCCUGAAGACCCUGCCGGGGACGCGACUGGCCCUGCUCGCCUCCGACUCGGACAUCGACUCGGUGCUGGAUCAGCUGCAACAAGUCCCCGGCUUCAUCGAGUACAACGCGCGGACCAACGAGUACUUCUUCGACCGCCACCCGGGCGUCUUCGCCUACGUGCUCAACUACUACCGCACCGGGAAACUCCACUGCCCGGCGGAUGUGUGCGGACCGCUGUUCGAGGAGGAGCUCUCCUUCUGGGGCAUCGAUGAGACGGACGUGGAGCCCUGCUGCUGGAUGACAUACCGGCAGCACCGGGACGCGGAGGAGGCUCUGGACGUGUUCGAGCUCAACGUGGACAACGGGGACGAGGACGACGAGAUAGGGAAGAGGCUCGGCAUUGAGGAUGUGGCUGCCGACGGUAAUGUCAGCCUGUGGAGGAAGUGGCAGCCGGUGAUCUGGAAUCUAUUCGAGGAUCCCUACUCCUCCAGGGCUGCGAGGUUUAUUGCGUUUGCAUCGUUGUUCUUCAUCCUGGUCUCCAUCACCACCUUCUGCCUGGAGACUCAUGAGGCUUUCAACACCAUCAUCAACAAGACUGAGCUGAUGCGGAAUAGCAGUGUGCCGGACUCUGGCCCGCAGUAUGAGAUUGAAACUGACCCUGCGCUCACCUAUGUGGAGGGCGUUUGUGUCUUCUGGUUCACCAUCGAGUUCCUGGUGCGUGUCACGUUCUGCCCGGUCAAGUUGGAGUUUGUUAAGAGUGUUCUCAACAUCAUCGACUUCGUGGCUAUCUUGCCUUUCUACUUGGAGGUAGGGCUAAGUGGCCUUUCUUCGAAGGCUGCCAAGGAUGUGUUGGGUUUCCUGAGGGUGGUGCGCUUUGUUCGCAUCCUGCGUAUCUUCAAGCUAACACGUCAUUUUGUGGGGCUAAGGGUGUUGGGCCACACAUUACGGGCCAGCACCAAUGAAUUCCUGCUGCUCAUCAUCUUCCUGGCGUUGGGAGUCUUAAUUUUUGCAACCAUGAUCUACUACGCCGAACGAAUCGGCGCUAGGCCCAAUGACCCCACUGCUAGCCUCCACACCAAGUUCAAGAACAUCCCCAUUGGCUUCUGGUGGGCCGUGGUAACCAUGACAACACUGGGCUAUGGCGACAUGUAUCCAGAGACCUGGUCAGGCAUGGUUGUGGGUGCAUUGUGCGCCUUGGCUGGUGUGCUGACGAUAGCCAUGCCUGUGCCCGUUAUCGUCAAUAACUUUGGGAUGUACUACUCCCUGGCAAUGGCCAAGCAGAAACUGCCCAAGAAGAGGAAGAAACACAUCCCUCAGGUGGUGCAGGGAGGGUCCCCUACCUACUGCAAAGCUGAUCUCAACACCACCUGCAACAGCACUCAAGGCGACCUUUGCCACGUCAAAGGGAGCAGGGUACUAGAACGCAACCGCUCAGUGCUAUCAGCAGACUGCAGCGGGGGCAGUGACCUGACCAUGUCUCCAGAGGAGAGGGUCCCCAUGCGAAGGUCCAGCACCCGGGAACAGGACCGCCGGAGCGGGGGGACGUGCUUCCUGCUUGCUGCUAGUGACUACACUUGCUCUGCGGAUGGAGGGCUAAGAAAAACAGGCUAUGAGAAAUCCCGGAGCUUAAACAACAUAGCGGGCAUGGCCGGUAACGCCCUGAGAUUGUCUCCUGUAACCUCGCCCUAUGGAUCGCCCUGCCCGCUGCGGCGCUCUCGCUCCCCUAUCCCCUCCAUCCUGUGAGACGUCCAGCCUUGGGCCACUUUGGCCCAGAGCACCCCACAUUCUUACCCCCAAACAAACCUCCCUUUGGUAUUAUAUCUGAACUCUGUUCUAGAUAUUGUGACUAGUGGAUAAUUACUUAACUUUGUAGCUAAGACUAAUGUUGUGGCUUGGGCAACCUGAGCAACUUCCCCUUUUUCCUUGAAGGUACAUGUGCUUAGCUUACAUCCUUAAGUAACUAGUGAGUUCUCCUGUGUCACUUGGAGCUCCCUUUAGUUCAAUAUUGUCGUACUUUGAGACUUGCAAUAAAAGAACUCUGGUGGCUUCAGAAGUAGCAGCCAUAACAUUUAAUAAAAGACAAAUUAAUAAUCAGGGAUAUUAGAUGUUGAUAUAUUUAGAUACCUUGAAAAAGAUGUGCUUCCAAAAAAAAGAAAAAAAAGAGAUGUCACUUAAUUUUAACCUCAUACAACUGUGACUUUGUCUUUUGUUUGCUACUUUAUUUUUUGGGAUGGAGGCGGGAGGGAUGGGCAACAGGACGGAGGAUUUUGUCUUUCAGGACUGUGUUUCGACUCACACAAGCACAUGUACAGUCUGUCAGUCUUCACCUGCUGCCGGGUCCACUCAUGUUUUUGCAUGGAUCAUCCUGUAACCAUCGUCUGCAAGCAAUGUGGCGAGGGGAGAAGGGACGAGGCAGACAGAGAGGAGUGCUUAAGGAAAUAUAUAGUAUUUUUAAUUUAAUGUUAUUAUGUUGGGGUUUAGGGGGCUACACUCGACUUGUAUUGUGUCUUAUUUUGCCAUUGGCUUCACCAACAAUCCACCCAGGAGACUGAAAACACAGAAUGCCAGUCAGGUGUUCGAUUAUCUCUGCAUGUAUGCUGCUAUUUUUUCCCGAUUAACUUUCUCCCCACUUCCUUUAUGUUUUUUUCUUUGAUGGAGUGCCACCAAAGUGCUGUUGUGUCUCUGGUUGUUUACUCACAGAUAACUGCAAAGAGGUUGUCUUUACUGGUUUCACACAAGCAGAGAGCAGCGUUCUAUCUUAAUGGCAUGGGGGGAAGGCACCGCCAUGGUGGAAAGGUAACCUUCUGAGCAAGCAUGAGGGUCACAUUGCAGUGCAUCACCCUCUCACCCUUUUUGGUCAUGAGUUAAAAUUUGUGUUAUUGUGUAUGUGUGUACUAAAAGGGGGGUUAUUCAAUGAUGCUAUUCCAUAAUACCUGUAUGUGAUUGCAGAGACAACAUGCACUCUUGAUGGCGCCAUUAAAGGUGCUGCUUGUAGCAUUUUAAUCAGUGGAUAAUCACCACAUUAAUACUGAGUAUAACAAAACAAAAUGUAAACAAAUGAUAUCAUCACUGCGGAGAAAAACUGCAUUUUGCAUCAUGUGCCACCAGAUUUGGUUGGAAAUUUGCAUGAUUUACACAUUUGUUUGUUGUUUGCAACUUUUUCCACUUCUGCUCUUUUACUGCACAGUUCACACUUCAUCACAGCCAUCACCAAGGGCUACUAACUGCUCUCAAAUCCCCGAACCAGACGGACGAGCCUGAAGUCCUCAUAUCAAAUCAUUCAAACCGAAGCAGCCUUUGCUUUGUCAUUUCAGUCAUUCAUGUUUAUUUCCUGACAGACAUAAAUUGCCUCUGUGCACCAACAGGUGUGGGACAGCAGACAUAACCAUGCAGCGAUGUGCCUCAACCAUCCCUAUGUCUAUACCAGUAGCAAAGGGUUGCUUAGCAACUGGCUCACAGCUAGAUGAAUCUUACACAUAGCUCGGCAAAAAGUCAAACAACUAAAAAAGAAGAGCUCUCGCAAACAUUUCUCUUUGUCUGUACUCCAAAUUAUUGAAUCACCCCCACUUACAGCACUGCAAUAUACAAUAGAGCUUUUCUAAAUCUGCAUAUAUGCUGAAGGAGCACCAUAGAUUUGUACUACGUUCUCAUUUUCUGUGCUUAUAUUGAAAAUAGCUGUGACUGUGCAUGGCAAGUUCUUCUGAAAUGAUGCUCAACAAAGACAGAUUAUGCAUUUCUGAUAUUUAGAGAUGUGUUUAUAUUUUAUUUAGACAGUUCUUUUCCUAUUUGAAUGACGGUGGGAUAAGUCAUCAGUAUGAGGACCUAUUGCAGUGGGCCACUCCUGCAGGACAAUAUGGACGAGGAGGCACGCAAAAAAAACCCCAAUGACUGACAGCCAGCCAGCCAGUGGCUCAGCGAGCAGGAAACUUAAUGAUCAAGAGGAAAUCCUGGGAGGACUUUGACAAGCAUUUACAUUUUCCUGGUUUCUCUUUUUGCUUUUCUGUGGAGAGAAAAAAAAGGGAGAGCAAAGCAAACUGGACACGUCCUUAAAAGAGACUAUCUACUGUAUAGAUAUUGCUCCUGUAAAUAAGACAACAACAUAGCACAUCUGGGCCACGCGGCUCUGUCCACACAUCUGUCUUUUGAUGGCGAGUCAGGUAACAAGGUGGUUGGUUGCUAAGUUGCGCCGUGACACUCAAUCACUUUUCUUGCUGUGGUAUCCCUCCUCGCAAUAAGUGUAUUAAGAUGUAUCAGUUGAGGCACUUUGUGUUCUAAAAAUGGAGUGUAUUCAUAUAUGAAAUUCUACAUACAGUAUAUACAGUAUAGAGAGACAAACGUGCUAAGUUGAAUAAAUGUGACAUUAUGGUCAUCUCUGCUUUUGUUUCCCUUGGUAAUUUUCAGUAGGUUAAUUGCUCUGCUGUGUGUUAAUGUGUGUGUGUGUAUCCUAAAGCUCCAGGGUAAGAUCUGCAGUUUGAAAGGCCAGGUCAGCAGAUACCGAUGAGUGGACUUGCUGUCACUCAUCCAGUUAGUUUUAGCACAAACGUGAACGAGACAGAGUUCCCCUGUGAUGCAGUCGCCUUUGUAGAAGUCCCCCCCCCCC